AUGCCAAGAAUGGAGAUUCGCGUUUCUGAGGAUGAGGUUCGGGCCGCGGAUGUCGGCAAGGUCGAUAUUAUCCACGAUGAAAAGGCCCAAGAUAUCACCGCGAUCACAUCGGCAUUCGCCAAUUUGACGUACGCUGGUUAUGCAGCCUCCGUCAUUGGUAGCAUCAUCGCCAAUGAGGGGUUCAUCAGGCAAUUUGCGACUGUCACUGACUCGGAAACGGGGGCGCGAGUCCUCGCCUCGACGCAUUUCAACAUGUGGGCUUUGACAGUUUUCCUUACAGCUUCAAUCAUAAUUUCGAUCGUCCCCAAGACUUGGGAGGUCAUCCUAGUUUCCCGCAUUAGCAGUGCCAUGCCACAAUUUAGAGGCGCUCUCCUUGCUAGCUUCUCUCUCUUCUUCGCUGUCGGUCAGCUGUUCCUUGCUGUUGGGCUCAAGAUCCUUGAGGAUACUGCACCACUUGAAUUUCGGAACAUAUUUUACUCCGAGUUCGUCCUGUUUGGUCUCUGGCUGAUUCCCAUGGUCUACCUUCCAGAGUCUCCCGUAUGGUACGCCCUACAUGACCGCCCGGACGACGCCAAGAAAGCUCUCUGCCGUCUUGUCGGGAAUGUGGAAGGCUACGAUGUCGACCACGAGUACGACGUGAUCAAAUAUGAAGCCGACGAGUCCACCCGCAUACAACUUCAGAGCGGCAACACUGAGUGGCGCGCUUUCUUCACAAGGACAAACAUGAAGCGCACCAUCAUCUCCACGCUGCCUUUCACCAUGCAGAACUUUGUCGGCGCGCCCCUGUUCUUCAAAUAUGCGACCUACUUCUUCUCGCUCGCUCAGCUCGACGAUCCUUUCCUCGGCAACCUUAUCAUCCAGCUUGUAUUAGUUGCAGGCAUUAUCUCCUCGUUCUAUCUCGUUGACAAGACCGGCCGCCGCACCCUUGUGCUCAUUGGAGGCGCAUUCAUGUCUUUGUUGUGCUUCAUAGUUGGCGGGCUCAGUUUCUUGACGCCGAACGCGGCUACUGGGUCAGCUCUGGUGGCUUUGUCUUCAGUCUGGGCCUUCACCUAUGCCGUUUCUGUUGCCCCAAUAGGAUGGAUCAGUCUUGUCGAAGUGUCGAGUCCGCUUUUCCGCGCCAAGACCACAGCGCUGGCAUCGAUAAUUCAGUCCGCAUCGGGCGUGCUUUUCAACUAUACUGUUCCUCUUAUGUUGUCCAACCAGAACGCCGGCUGGGGCCAGAAAAUCGGUCUCUUCUUUGGAGGCAUCUCUGUUAUCUAUAUGAUCCCGGUGUUUUUGAUGUUUCCUGAGACGAAGGGUAGGACAUAUCAGGAGCUGGAUGAGUUGUUUGAGAGGCGUGUUAAGGCCUGGAACUUUGCUGAGACCGAGACUUCCCACCAAAGGAGCGUUGAUGCGAGGCUUGGUCACGCAAGCUAG